GAUACUGGCUAUCAAAAACAUCUGUAAUCAGUGACACCUAUGUUGCAAUUCUGAGGAAGGUGACAGACGGUGUUUGUGUUAGCACUCGACCGACUAUGACGUCAUUAUCGUCCGCCAUGAUGAAUGGUUAAACCUUGAAGUUGUCAGGUACACUUGAAUUUCUAUUUCAUAAACACAGUCACGUAAUAAUGACCCAUUCAACUCCAUAGGCCUGGCCCUUGCAGUUUCUUCUGCUAAUGUAACCAGUAUGGUUCCAUUGUUACUUCUACACCAUACUUCUGCAGAUAUUUGAUAAUGAGUAAAUAAGACAUUUGUGAUACGUUUCAGUCGACCCGUACAGAGAGUGUUACGAAGGGAUAGGAGAGUCAUACCGGGGCCGUGUGAACUAUACCGAACUAGGCUUCGACUGUCUGUCCUGGGACCAUGAAAUGGUGAAGGUCAUCAUGAGACCCGGUGACUACCAGAUGUUUGACCUCCAGGAGAACUACUGCAGGAACCCAUUCUCCUACCCGCGACCGCUGUGCUUCGUCAUCAACCCUCAUGAUAGCGAACAUUCAUUCUGGGACUUCUGUCCGAUCCCCAACUGUAAUCCAACGACAACUAUACCUGUAACUACACCAACGACAACGCCUAUGCCAACUACUGUUAGAAGGCAUAUAACCCCGCAACUACCAACAGCAUCCGGCGGUGAAGUAACAGCUUCUCUUCGGCCAGGGCGGACGCAUGCGCGACACUCGUCCCUUGUGAGUCGCAUCACUCGGGUUACUCCGCCCACCGGCGCAUCGCUUGAGAAGAGUACCGCUCAAUCCGCUGUGAAAGCUUGCAGACUGGACCAGUUUCAAUGCAACAACGACAAGCGUUGCAUCUCUCGUCAGUCCGUGUGUGACAACUUGGUCGACUGCUCCGACAGAAGUGACGAAGAGAAUUGUGCUUUUAGAUGCGCGGCAGACGAGUUCUUCUGUGAUGACCUGUGUUAUCCCGCCUUCUUCACAUGUGAUGGGUGGGACGACUGUACGGACGGGAGCGACGAGGACCCGGCUAACUGCAUUCUUCCUGAUCACAGCACAACGUCGCAGCCUCUUGCAGGCGUCGACGGUGGUGACACCGAAGGCCAGGGAGGGCAGUCAAAUGGACAAUCGCAGAACGUUGGGGACAGCGAAAACGGCAAUGGUCAAACAGGUGACCACGAAAAUGGUAAUGGUCAAACGGGGGACAGCGAAAACGACAACGGUCACUCAGAUUCUGGAAUAGAUGGAAUAGAUACUUUUGCAAACGGCACCAAUGUGUACCUGAAUGACACUAGCUACCAUGGAAGCAAUGAAACGGAUUCGCAAGAUGGCGGUUCACAGGGAAACAACAAUGGUAAACAUAUCAAUGGAGAACAAGGCAACGGUGACGAUCAAGGCAAUGGGGACGGCAUGUAUGGUGGUGAUUCGUAUGGUAAAGCAUACAAUGUGUCAGAUUAUGAAGAGCUAUGGCUGAGAUUCAACCUAUCGGUGAAGAAUUUGACCAAGUUGCCCUGUCCCUGUUUCGUGUUUGGGCGCCAACUUAUUGGACGGUCUUCGCCUGCAUCAUUGAUCUCAGCAAGCAUACCGUUAACAGUGUUCCUUUAUGUAAUGUUUAGGUUGAUGAUUUGUAUCCUCUAGCGAAGGAACAUUUUAUAAAUUUGUUUAUGACGAUAUUAUGCAAUAGCAAUCACCAAGCAAAUAUUGUGGUAAUAAAUGUAUAAGUGUACAACGUUCUCUUGCCCAUACAUUGCCCAUGUCCGUGUACAAAUUUUGAAAAAAAAGGUCGUUAAACAAUUAUGCUUCGUAUCUGCUUAGAGAUGAAAGAUUUGCAGUGAAAAUAACAUUUAUGAAUGUAAAAAAUAUGAAUGCUAUUAGUAGAUGUAUAUUUAAUCAAAGGCUUAAGCUAGAAAACAACUCUCAUAACAUGGCGAGGAAAUACUAUCACCUGAUCGUCUCUGUCUUAGCGGUAAUCUAACUAGUUCUUAGUUGUAUUUUGUGAUGGUUUUAGCACUGUUGUUUUACUGAUUGCAAAUAGUAAACUUUUUACCUUCUUCUCUGUGAGACGAGAACUAUGUUUUAGCGACAUGAGCCUUUCAUGUACAUGAU